UCGACUUAUCCAUACGAAUUCUUCGAGUUCAGUUCGACGCCAUCCGAGCAGCUUCCUGUCCAGCUCCAUGAUUCUAUGCACUCAUGCAUCUGUCUGAGUCGUUUUACUCUUCCGAUAUUAUCUUGCAUGCUGUACUCAGAAACGAUGGUAGUUUGAGGCACCAAGUCCAAGCUUGAGUAUCUCUCAAAAUGAUAUAUCUUGAUCAUUACAACCUGAUAUGCGCCAGAGACAGAUGACACAAGGGUUUGCUACCUACCACAUUGGCUGGCGUGCGACUAGUAGUUUUGAACUUUCAAGUUCAGUACUUUCAGUGCCAAUGACACUUAGCGGUGUUCUCUUUUCUUUCUUUGCUCUGUAAAGGGCCAGCUAUCCCUUGUGAUCGGGUGCAUUCUGAUAGGGUUGACAACCUAUAAUUACGACCAAAUUCUCACCACACCAUGUCGAAAGAAAGUCUACCUUUGAAAGUCCGAGCUGACAUUCGAGACUUGUGGGACUCGCCAAAUUCAUCUUUGCACGAAUCCAUAGUCAACCUAGAAAAGACUUUGGGUCACAGAAUCGCCGCCGAAGCUGAGUGGCUCGUACUAUGGAGUAGCUUGCAAGCUCGUUUUCCUGACAAGUCUACUUUUGUCCCUACCGUAACUCGUUAUGCGAUUACAUGGUACGAAAGAUUACUUGUAAGGCUUGAAGACGACAACCAUGCUGCCUGGAUAGAGGAACUGCUCAAUGUCUUAGUCGAGUGUAAACGGCUAUCAGUUCUGAAGGUUGAGCCAUGCCAAUCUGAUAAGAACACAACCCCUUACAUGACAUGGGACGCCAACUUCGGAUCUUUCUGUCUCGGAAUACCGACCUCAGACCCAUCCCCUUCGUUUCGACUUGCUGCAAUUCUUGACGGAUAUUUUGAUAACCUCUUUUCUGGGGAAGCACGCCGUUCGGCCGCCGAAGAUGAUGACUGGGCAGAUGUCGCCGUCGUUGAGGAAAAGCCUUUACCUCCACCUUCUAAAGCCCCAGCAGCUCACCCAGCUCCUACAGAGGAACGCCUUCCAAAUGUCGACACCCUUGCGCGUCCAAACGAACUUUUCAAAGCUAUCACUCAUAUCAUGGUUAUUAAAAGUCAUCGCGAAGACCCCUUCCGAAACUUCCUUACCGUCGAAUGCAGUCAUCAACAGAGCCUUGAACUGAUGUCGGCUUACCUGACGAAAUGGGCUAAAACAAACGCAAGUGACAGUCUCAGGAGACCCGUGUUCAAAAUCGAGCUAUUCGAGUCCGACUUCAGUCCUGGGAUCCUCGACAUCCUCCGUAUUGAGCCCAACAUGACAUACAAGAAAGAUAUUAAUCCUACGAUAGUGUUAGCAUUUGUCGAAGGCGUUCUUGGUUAUGGCAUGGUUCACGCAGACACGACCUCUGGUUCUACUUGGAUGUACCGGUCCACGACUCUUUUUAAAUGA